GAAUUUAUGAACAAAAUAAAUUGAUUAAAUUCUAUAGCGUAACAGAAAAGGAAAAAAGCUUUCUCCUUGUGUCUUUGGGUCAAUGGUGAUAUGCCAUUUGGCCAUGAAAGGAGCAAAAACCCGACACAGUUAAAGGCUUUUGAAUGUUGAUGGUAGGCGAUAUUCAAGUAUUCAUGGUCGCUAGCUCCAUUUCUCUUCGUGGGUCCUUGUCAAAUUCCUUGUUUCAUCAUUUCCCGCGUAACAUCACACACCGGUCUUCUUGUAAGUACUUUAAUGGGAAUGUGGGUAGGUUCAAGUCGGCUCGUUUUUGCAGUACCGCGAUUUGGGAUGCUUUGGAUGAAUCUCCUGUGGUAGAAAAUGAGGGAAAUGGAAAGGGGAUUGAUUUUCUUCAUCUGAUGGAAGAGCGUGGAAUUCGUGCGAAUGUUCAGACUUACCUUUGGCUCUUUGAAGGAUGUUUCAAUUCUGGGUCUCUGUUAGAUGCUAAGAAGCUUCACGCUAGGAUCUUCAAGUCCGGGUUUGAUGGAGAAGACGUUUUGGGGAGCCGACUGAUUGAUAUUUACCUGGCGCAUGGGGAAGUGGAUAAUGCAAUCAAGCUUUUCGAUGAUAUACCCAGCUCAAAUGUUUCUUUCUGGAAUAAAGUCAUUUCUGGGCUUUUGGCCAAGAAGUUGGCUAGUCAAGUACUGGGUCUCUUUUCGCUAAUGAUAACUGAAAAUGUGACUCCUGAUGAAUCCACAUUUGCCAGUGUCUUGAGGGCUUGCAGUGGUGGUAAAGCUCCUUUCCAAGUCACUGAACAGAUUCAUGCUAAGAUUAUUCAUCAUGGUUUUGGUAGUAGCCCUCUUGUAUGUAAUCCCUUGAUUGAUUUGUAUUCAAAGAAUGGGCAUGUAGAUUUGGCUAAAUUGGUCUUUGAAAGAUUGUUUUUGAAGGAUAGCGUUUCUUGGGUGGCUAUGAUCUCUGGUUUAUCUCAAAAUGGGCGAGAAGACGAAGCCAUUCUCCUAUUCUGUCAGAUGCAUAAAUCCGCCGUUAUUCCUACUCCUUAUGUCUUCUCUAGUGUUUUAAGUGCCUGCACCAAAAUAGAGUUGUUCAAGCUGGGAGAGCAGCUUCAUGGCUUCAUUGUUAAGUGGGGGUUAUCUUCUGAGACUUUUGUGUGCAAUGCCCUUGUGACAUUGUACUCCCGUUGGGGCAACUUGAUAGCUGCUGAACAAAUUUUCAGCAAGAUGCACCGCAGGGAUAGAAUUUCGUAUAACUCACUUAUAUCAGGGCUAGCACAACGUGGAUUCAGUGAUAGAGCUCUUCAGUUGUUUGAGAAGAUGCAGCUUGAUUGCAUGAAACCGGAUUGUGUUACAGUUGCUAGUCUGUUGAGUGCUUGCGCCUCGGUUGGUGCUGGUUAUAAGGGAAAACAACUUCAUUCUUAUGUGAUAAAGAUGGGAAUGUCUUCAGAUCUCAUUAUUGAAGGUUCUCUACUUGACCUUUAUGUAAAAUGCUUCGACAUAGAAACUGCCCAUGAAUACUUCCUAACAACAGAGACUGAAAAUGUGGUUCUAUGGAAUGUGAUGCUAGUGGCUUAUGGGCAGUUGGGUAAUCUAAGUGAGUCGUAUUGGAUAUUUUUGCAGAUGCAGAUCGAAGGACUGAUGCCUAACCAAUACACCUACCCAAGUAUAUUGAGAACUUGUACUUCUUUGGGUGCUCUGGAUUUAGGAGAGCAGAUCCAUACACAAGUCAUAAAAAGUGGCUUUCAGUUUAAUGUGUAUGUUUGUAGCGUGCUUAUAGAUAUGUAUGCUAAGCAUGGAGAACUAGAUACUGCCCGGGGAAUUCUCCAAAGACUGAGGGAAGAAGAUGUUGUUUCUUGGACAGCUAUGAUUGCAGGGUACACACAGCAUGAUUUGUUCGCCGAAGCUCUGAAACUUUUUCAAGAAAUGGAAAACCAGGGGAUCCGAUCUGAUAACAUAGGGUUUUCUAGUGCAAUCAGUGCUUGUGCUGGUAUUCAAGCAUUAAAUCAAGGACAGCAAAUUCACGCUCAAUCAUAUAUUUCUGGUUACUCAGAAGAUCUUUCAAUUGGAAAUGCACUAGUUAGUCUUUAUGCUAGAUGCGGUAGAGCACAGGAUGCAUACUUAGCAUUUGAGAAAAUUGAUGCUAAAGAUAAUAUAUCAUGGAAUGCUCUUAUAUCAGGAUUUGCACAGAGUGGGCACUGUGAGGAAGCACUGCAGGUCUUCUCUCAAAUGAAUCAAGCUGGAGUAGAAGCUAAUUUGUUCACAUUUGGCUCUGCAGUUAGCGCCACUGCCAAUACAGCGAAUAUAAAGCAAGGGAAGCAGAUUCAUGCUAUGAUGAUAAAAACAGGGUAUGACUCAGAAACAGAGGCUUCCAAUGUUUUAAUCACAUUAUAUUCCAAGUGUGGGAGCAUUGAGGAUGCGAAGAGAGAGUUCUUUGAAAUGCCUGAGAAAAAUGUGGUUUCAUGGAAUGCGAUGAUCACAGGCUAUUCUCAACAUGGAUAUGGUAGUGAAGCUGUAAGUCUUUUUGAGGAGAUGAAACAGCUUGGUUUGAUGCCAAACCAUGUCACCUUUGUGGGGGUUUUAUCAGCCUGUAGCCAUGUGGGUUUGGUCAAUGAGGGGCUCAGCUACUUCAGGUCCAUGAGCAAAGAGCAUGGCCUAGUCCCAAAACCAGAACAUUAUGUUUGUGUUGUGGAUCUUCUUGGACGGGCUGCUCUUUUGUGCUGUGCAAGAGAAUUCAUAGAGGAGAUGCCAAUUGAACCAGAUGCUAUGAUUUGGAGAACACUUUUAAGUGCUUGUACGGUUCAUAAGAACAUUGAGAUUGGAGAGUUUGCUGCACGUCAUCUUCUAGAAUUGGAGCCUGAAGAUUCAGCAACUUACGUGUUGCUGUCAAAUAUGUAUGCAGUGUCUGGUAAAUGGGAUUAUAGGGAUCGAACAAGGCAAAUGAUGAAAGACAGAGGUGUAAAAAAAGAGCCUGGUCGCAGCUGGAUCGAGGUUAAAAACUCAAUUCAUGCCUUCUUUGUGGGUGAUAGACUCCACCCUCUAGCAGAACAGAUAUACGAGUAUAUAGAUGACCUGAAUGAACGGGCAGGUGAAAUUGGUUAUGUGCAAGACCGGUACAACCUUUUGAAUGAUGUGGAGCAGGAGCAGAAGGACCCAACCGCAUAUAUUCACAGCGAAAAACUAGCUGUUGCUUUUGGACUCCUCAGCUUGACUAAUACAAUGCCAAUACGUGUGAUUAAGAAUCUUCGGGUCUGUAAUGAUUGUCAUAACUGGAUUAAGUUUGUAUCAAAGAUUUCAAAUCGAGCUAUUGUAGUACGAGAUGCAUACCGGUUUCAUCAUUUUGAAGGGGGUGUUUGUUCCUGUAAAGAUUACUGGUAAGGGAACUGGGGAAUACAAGGAAAAGGCAUACUUAUGGAUGGCCGGAAACUACACUUAAUCUCAAGAGAUGAUUGUGCCCUCUGCCCUCUGCUAAGGUUCUACUUAUAGAAAUAUGUGGAAGACCAUAACCAACCAACUGGAUAGCAAAUGGAAUUUCCAUUUCUCUUAAGUAAUUUAGGGAAGCAAAAUUCAAAUCAGCAUCUUCGGCAGCCUCCUGUCCGACGUCAUCCAUGACCUUGCUCAUAUGAAGAAGUUAUUUUGUAUUAAACAACAGAGGGCGAUUGUGACAUUUUUGCUGCAUUAAAUUAAUAUCAAGACUUGAGAUUGGAUCUUCAAUUAUUUAUUCCCAUUCAUGGUUUCCUAUAAAAAGGUAUAAGCCCUUCUCUCUUAUCCAAUCCUCUUCUCUCCACUCUUCCUUGUGAGUAGUUGUAGUGGUUGCAGAAUCGGGCAUGGACGACCCAGUUCCAACCUCUUCUUCCCUUCCACUUGAGGGGCGGGUGGCCAUCGUUACUGGCGCCUCACGCGGGAUUGGACGAGCAAUCGCCAUCCACCUCCGGUCUCUUGGUGCCAGACUGGUGCUCAAUUAUGCAUCCAACUCCGCCCUAGCUGACGCCCUUGCAUCUCAGCUCAAUUCCCCCGAUUCUUCUUCUUCUCAUCCUGUAGCUAUUGCAGUCCAGGCCAAUGUCUCCGACCCAGACCAAGUCAAGAUGCUCUUUGAUCGGGCACAACAGGAGUUCGGUUCAAUCCAUAUCCUUGUCAACUGUGCUGGGGUUCUGGAUCCUAAGUACCCAUCUCUAGCCAACACCACUGUGGAGGACUGGGACAAUACUUUCAGCAUUAACACCAGGGGCUCAUUCCUGGUAUGUCGAGAGGCAGCCAAUCGGUUGAUCCGCGGGGGUGGAGGUAGAAUCAUAUUAAUAACUACAUCCGCUGUUGCGGCACUCACACCUGGGUAUGCAGCCUAUGCAGCUUCCAAGGCGGCUGUGGAGACCAUGACCAAGAUCCUAGCUAAGGAGCUCAAGGGCACCAGCGUUACCGCCAAUUGUGUUGCUCCGGGACCUAUAGCCACCGAGAUGUUCUUUGAGGGUAAAAGUGAAGAGCUGAUAAAGAGAUUGGUGGAUGCAUGUCCUAUGGGUCGUCUAGGGGAGCCCAAGGAUGUUACCCAGUUGGUGGGUUUCUUGGCUACUGAUGCCGGAGAGUGGAUCAACGGCCAGAUCAUUAGGAUUAAUGGUGGAUUUGCUGUUUAAUCCAUUACAUGUAUACACCCUAUCCUCUGCUGCUUCUGAGUCUUCUUCAUCCGUUACUGUCUCUUCCCAUGUCUUUAAUCUCUAUAAUAAAAGCUGAAUUUCAUUUGUGUGUGUGCAA